AUGACAAGUCUAAUAGAUUUAGGCAGGUAUGUUGAAAGGACUCGCCAUGGAGGGGAUACAGAACCAAGAUCUAAAAGAGUAAGAAUCGCCGGAACUGACUUGUCUUCCUUCCAACCUGGAAGCGUUAUUAGUGUCCGUUUGCAAGAUUUUGUAACUUACACCUUGACCGAAUUCAAUCUUUCACCGUCUUUAAAUAUGAUCAUUGGACCUAACGGAUCCGGAAAAUCUACUUUUGUGUGCGCUGUGUGUUUAGGACUAGCUGGUAAGCCAGAAUACAUUGGGAGAAGUAAGAGAGUGGAAGAUUUUAUCAAAAAUGGUCAGGAUGUUUCAAGAAUUGAAAUUACUUUGAAAAAUUCACCAAAGGUUAAUGAUAUCGAAAAUGUAAACGCACAUGAUGAAACAAUAAAAAUUACUAGAAUCAUUACUAGGUCUAAGAGGAGGUCAGAUUACCUAAUAAACGACUGUGAGGUAUCUGAAAGCGUGGUUAAAGCAUUGGUUGCUCAGCUAAACAUUCAGCUGGAUAAUCUUUGUCAAUUCUUAUCUCAGGAGCGUGUUGAAGAAUUUGCCCGCUUGAAGUCAGUUAAACUGUUAGUGGAAACUAUAAGGUCAAUCGAUUCAAGUCUUUUGGAUGUGUUGGAUGAACUAAGGGAACUUCAAGGAAAUGAGCAGUGCUUGCAAAAAGAUCUUGACGUAAAAAAAUCUAAAAUUCUCCAUUUGAGGCAAGAGAGCGAUAAAUUGCGGAAAUCAGUAGAAUCUCUUCGAGAUUUUCAAAAGAAAAAAGGUGAAAUUGAGUUGCACUCUCGAUUAUUACCUUAUGUGAAGGUGAAAGAUCACAAGGAAAAGCUAAACGUUUAUAAAGAAGAGUAUGAACGAGCGAAAGCUAACCUGAGAGCUAUAUUAAAGGACAAGAAACCAUUUGCACAUACAAAGAAAACAUUAGAAAACCGGGUCGAAGAACUAACAGAAAAGUGUUCCAUGAAAAACCACGAUUUUUUGAAAGCAAAAGAAAAGGUUAACGAGAUUUUCGAAAAACUAAAUACUAUUAGGGAUGAUGUCAUCAAAAAGAAAAGCCAGAAUGAAUAUUACAGGGGUAGAACUAAGAAAUUACAGGCUAACAUUAUCAGUACAAAGGAAGAUUUACUAAGGAACCAGGAAAUAUUGGGGCAGACUUAUCUACCUGAAAACAGCGUAUUCGAAGAUAUAGACAUUACGAGGAAAGAUAUUAUCAGUAAAGAAGGGGGAAUUCGAGAUCUCAUUUCCGAAAUUGACGCGAAAGCUAAUGCCAUUAAUCAUGAAAUGAGGGGCAUACAGAGGCAAGCGGAAGGCAAGACCAAAUCCCUUACUACAACUGAUAAAAUUGGUAUUUUAAACCAAGACCAGGAUUUAAAGGAGGUUCGUGAUGCUGUGUGGAUGAUCAGAAAUGAUGCAGAAAUGAAAGGAAAAAUUCUUGAACCACCUAUAAUGACAGUGUCUGCCAUCAACCCUCAGUUUGCUGCAUAUCUAGCUCAAUGCGUGGAUUAUAAUACAAGUAAGGCUUUAACUGUUGUUGACUCUGAUUCUUACAGGUUAUUUGCAAAUUCGAUUCUUGAAAAAUUCAAAGUUAAUUUGAGAGAAUUAUCCGAUAUUGACAUCAAACCUCCUGUGCCCAUAGAAGCAGUGAAGGAUUUGGGGUUUGAAGGUUAUUUGUCUGACUUCAUUACUGGCGACAAGAAGGUUAUGAAAAUGCUUUGUCAAGUUAACAAAAUACAUACUAUACCUGUAUCCAGAAGGGAAUUGACGCCUGCCCAGAUUAAGAAAUUGAUUACACCAACAUCAAAUGGAAAAGUUCUCUUUAAAAGGAUUAUUCAUGGAAACAGACUAGUUGAUAUAAAGCAAUCUGCAUAUGGUACUAGGCAGGUUUUUCCUACUGAUGUUAAUAUAAAACAAACAAAUUUCUACCAGGGGUCAAUUAUGUCAAAUGAACAGAAAAUCAGAAUUGAGAAUGAAAUUAGUGACCUCAAAAAUGAAUACAGUAAUCGAAAAUCCACAUUAGACGUAUUGUCAACCCAGAAGAGUGCUUAUAGACAAGAAUUAUCUGAAUUAGCUUCGAGAAACGAUGACAUCAAUAAAAAAGCUCAUCAACUAAAUGAGGCUCGUAAAAAAUAUACGAUGAGGAAAAGCACAAUAGAAACUCUGGAAGAGAAAUUGGAUCAACUAAAACGUGAAGCCAGGAAGGAUGUAUCACAAAAGAUCAAGGAUAUCGAUGACCAGAUUCAGCGAUUAUUACUCAAUCAAACACAUCUACUGUCGAAAAUGGUCUCCUCGAUGAAUAGUUUAAAGAAUUGUCAAAAAGAAUUGAUGAGUUCCCAAAUUCUUCAUUUUGAAGCCCAUAAUAUGGAUGUUUCUAUGAAUGAUGUGAUCGGAUUUUUUAAUGAAAGAGAGGCUGAUUUAAAGCGUCAAUAUGAGGAUAAGAAAAGAUUCGUAAAGGAAAUGAGGGACACUCCUGAAUUUCAAUCCUGGAUGCAAGAAAUCAGAUGUUAUGACGAAGAUACGAAGGAAAAACUGAAUGAAGUAGCAGAAAAAUAUGAGAAGGACGGGAAUUUCAAUCUGUCGUUCGUUCAAGAUGUGCUUGAUAAAUUAGAAUCGGAGAUAGCUAUGGUGAAUCACGACGAAUCUGCAGUAACAAUUCUGGAUCAAGUGACAACCGAGUUGAGAGAGUUGGAACAGACGGUUCCUCGGCAAACUAAAGAGUUAGAGAUCAUUAGAGCAAAAUUGAAAGAAAACCAUGCCGUUUUGGAACCUAAGUUGGAUGAUAUAGUAGCAAAAAUUUCUACAAGGUUUGCACGUUUAUUUAAUAAUGUCGGGAGUGCUGGUGCAGUGCGCCUGGAAAAGCCAAAGGACUAUUCUGAAUGGAAGAUUGAGAUCAUGGUUAAAUUCAGAGACAAUGCACCAUUAAAGAAAUUGGAUUCCCACACGCAGUCAGGUGGUGAAAGAGCUGUUUCUACAGUUCUUUACAUGAUUGCUUUGCAAGAGUUUACCUCUGCACCAUUCAGAGUAGUGGACGAAAUCAACCAAGGUAUGGAUUCUAGAAAUGAAAGGAUUGUCCACAAAGCCAUGGUAGAGAACGCGUGUGCUGAAAAUACUUCUCAGUAUUUCUUAAUUACUCCAAAGUUAUUGACUGGCUUGCAUUAUCAUGAGAAGAUGCGAAUACACUGUGUCAUGGCCGGUUCUUGGAUUCCAAACCCUUCUGAAGAUCCGAGAAUGAUACAUUUCGGCGAAACAUCUAAUUACUCGUUUGAUUAA